UCUGCUGUCAGUCAGGAGGUGGGGCGGGUAUAAAGUUAGAGCUCAGCGCCAGGAAAGCGACUUUGGGGUGGUGGGGUCGGUGUUGGUCGUGGAUUUGUGUGUGCGUAUGUGUGUCGAGACGCUUCUCUAGACGCUUCUCUAGACGCUGUGAGUGCCCAAGGCCAGUGCCGUCCGCAGGGGGUGCACGCUCACGGCCCGGGUGCUGCACCUUGCUCUGCUUUGUCCUCCCAGCGAAAGCAUGGUGGACGUGUUCAGCGGGCGGCUGCUGGUGAGCAAGGACGGGCACAGCGUGGACCCCGAGGAGGCACUGAAGAACAAAGUGGUGGGCCUCUACUUUUCGGCUGGCUGGUGCUCGCCGUGCCGCGACUUCACCCCCGUGCUCUGCGACUUCUAUACGGAGCUGGUGGAGGAGAGCCAGUCGCCUGCGCCAUUUGAGGUGGUCUUCAUCUCCUCUGACCACAGCGCCGAGGAAAUGGUCGGCUACAUGCACUCCAUGCACGGCGACUGGCUGGCACUGCCCUUUCACGACCCCUACAAGCACUUCUAUUGCAGACUCUGUCAUGUGGUUUGUGAGAUCCCUCUGAUCAGCUGGGAUUCACUGUCUCAGCUGUGUACUUUAUCAGACUCUUUCCCACCCUCAGGUUCCUCACUGACAAGACAGAAUGACAGACAUAGACUUGACUGUGCCCCCUGAUCAGGAGGAGGAAGUGGAUGAGGCUUUCUACAACCAGCUGGAAGUAGCCAUAUAACAGUAGGAGUAGAAGAAGAAGAGAAAUGAGUAGUAGAAGAAGAGUAACGUUUCUGACAUGAGGAGACUCACAGCCUGCCUCUCCCUCUUGGACUUGCUCAGCGCUCUACCUGCUUGCUGCUUAAGGCUGGCCACUCUGCUGCUAUGCUCCCCUGGAGAUGUCUGCCAUCAGAUCCCUCACUACAGAAGUCCUGCUUGCUGAUGGACUCUCUUGGGCCUGCUACCUGAGUCCUGCUGCCUCCCUCCCAGACUUACCCUGCAGCUUCUUCCUGCUACCCACUUGCUGCCCAAGGCCAGCCCUAAUGCUGCUGCUGCUUUCCCCCUGCACUUUUUCCUUGGGCCAUUGGAAUGCCUUGCAACAGGACUGCUGGUGGAUCCUGAUGGUGACUAUCCCAGUUUUAUGCAAUUCUUGCCUCUUUCUAUCUUCUAUUGCCUGCCUUCCCAUCCCCGUCACCCCAAAUUGUCCAUACUCCCUUUCCCCAUCUUUGUGAUUAAGAUUUGUAAUAAACUGGUCUGAGUAACAUUUGAACUGUUAUUUCUUAAUUUCACACUGGGUAUACAUACACCAAAGAACCUCCUCUCCCUCCUAUAAAUUGGAGUGAGACCCCUCCAUCCCUGGAAAGGAUAUGGAACAGCUUGUUCUGGACAUCAGCUCCAAGCAAUUGGAAGAGAAGAAGGUUAUCAGGACUAGUCAGCAUGGGUUCACAAGAGGGAGGUCAUGUUUGACUAACCUGAUAGUCUUCUACAGUGUCAUCAGUGGUUGGGUGAGUGAGGGUAAAGAGCAGUGGUUGUUGUGUGUAUGGAUUUCAGCAAGGCAUUUGAUGCUGUCUCCCACAGCAUCCUUAUAAUGAAGCUGAUGAAGUGUGGGAUAGAUGAGUGCACGGUGAAGUGGGUUGAGAACUGGCUGAGUGGCCAAGUUUAGAAAGUUAUCAGUGGUGCAGAGUCCAGUUUGAGGCCUAUGUCUAGUGGUGUUCCCUAGGGUUUGGUGCUGGGUCUAGUCUUGUUUAACAUCUUCAUCAGUGACCUUGAUGAGGGGAUAGUGUCUGUCCUCAGCAAGUUUGCUGAUGAUACAAAUCUGGGAGGAAUGGCUGUGCUGCAAUUCAGCAAGACCUGGACAGGAUGGAGAGUUGGACAGGGAGAGCCCAAAUGAGGCAUUACAAAAGCAACUGUAGAGUCUUGCAUGUGGGAAGGAAUAACAUGCAUGUACCCGUACAGGCAGGGGGAAGACCUGCAGAGAGGGACCUGGGUGUUCUGGUUGAUGAAAGGUUGGCUAUGAGCCAGCAGUGUGCCCUGGUGGCCAAGAAGGCCAGUGACAUCCUGCAGUGCAUUAAAAACAGUAUGGCCAGCAGGUCUAGGGAGGUGAUCUUCCCCUUGUAUUCUGCCCUGGUGAGGCCUUACUUGGAGUAUUGUGUCCAGUUCUGUGGUCCCCAGUACAAAAAAGACAGGGACCUCCUGGAAAGAGUCCAUCAGAGGGCAGCUAAGAUUAUAAAGGGCCUGGAGUAUUUCUCUUAUGUGGAAAGGCUGAGUGUCCUGGGUCUAUUCAGCUCUGAGAAAAGAAGACUGAUAGGGGAUCUGAGUAAUGUCUGUAUAUCUAAGGUGUGGGAGGUAAAGGGGUGAGGCCAAACUCUUCAGCAGUGUGUGGUGAUAGGACAAGGGGAAAUGGCCACAAACUGAAGCAUAGGAAGUUCUGCACUAAUGUGUAUAAGAACUCAUUGGUAAGGGUGAUGGAGCACUGGGAUGGCUGCCUGAAGAGGUAGUGGAGUCUUCUUCUCUGGAGAUGUUCAAGACACACCUGAAUGCUUGUCUGUGCAGCUUGGUCUAGUAAGCCUACUUUAGCAAGGGGGUUUGACAGAGUGAUUCCUAGAGUCCCUUCCAGCCCCUACAAUUCUGUGAUUGUGUGACUUUCUGUCCUUCAAAAGUAGUCUCUAAUUUUUCUUGGGUGACUUGCUCAUCAACACUUUGGUUAGAUCCCGAUUUCUUUCAUGGAGCAUUUUUGUUGUAUGCCUUUUUAAUUUUUUCAUCUGUAGUUUAACUUUUUUUUUUUUUUU